AUGGAGCUGGGGAGGCCCACAGGGCUGGGGUGCUGUGCCGGGGAGCUGGGCGCUGGGGAUGGGAGGGUCUGCGCCCAGGCGAAUGCGCCCCGGGAAGCUGGCCAUGUCCUAGGUGGUGGGACUGGCUUUGUGGGCAGAGCCCUGACCCAGUUGCUGCGGAGCCGUGGGCAUGAAGUGACCCACAUCUCUCGACAAGGGGGCAAGGAUCGGAUCAGCUGGGACGAGUUGUCCCACUCUGGACUGCCCCUGUGUGACGCUGUGGUGAACUUGGCUGGUGAAAAUGUCCUCAACCCUUUCCGCAGAUGGGGUGAUGCCUUCUGCAGGGAAGUCAUCAGCAGCCGGGUUGAGACCACCAAGACCUUGGCCAAAGCCAUUGCUGAUGCUGAACAGCCACCCUGUGCUUGGGUCCUCGUCACCGGCAUAGGCUAUUACCGCCCUAGCCCCAUGGCUGAGUAUACCGAGGACAGUCCUGGGGGGGAUUUCGACUUCUUCUCACGCCUGGUGAGCUCCUGGGAGGCUGCAGCUCUUAUCCCUGGGAGCCCAGCUCGUAGUGUUGUGGUGAGAUCUGGGGUAGUGCUGGGCCAAGGUGGUGGUGCGAUCUCUCAAAUGCUCUGGCCUUUCCGUCUGGGACUAGGAGGUCCCUUGGGCUCUGGGCUCCAGCCUUUCCCAUGGAUCCACAUUCGAGACCUCACUGGGAUCGUGUGUCAUGCCCUGGAGAGUGAGUGCGUGCAAGGCAUCCUCAACGGUGUGUCCCCAUCCUCCCCUGCCACCUCCAAUGGCACCUUUGCUCAGGAGCUUGCUGCAGCCCUGAGGCGUCCAGCUCUGCUGCCGGUGCCUGCUUGGGCUGUGCGGGCUGUCUUUGGGGCAGAGCGGGCUGUCAUGCUGUUGGAGGGCCAGAGGGUGGUGCCAAAACGUACCCUGGAGAGCGGCUACCAUUUCAUCUUCCCUGACCUAUCUGGAGCCCUGAAGGACAUCGUGGCUUGA